UGUCCUCUCCUGUCAUAGAUGGCAUCAACAUGAGCAAUAUAUUACUAAUUGACCAAGCUGGUAAUCUGGGUGGUACAGCAGUCUUCAUGUCAGACACCACCUUCAUUGGUGAUGUAACUUCAGCACACAAUCUGCUUGGUUGUGAUGAGCUGAACAAAAGACCAAUCAUAAGGGACCAGUAUGGCAAUAUAAACAUCCAUGAAUCAAUAAGGAUUGAGGACUUGAGUCUAUCCGGCACUGUAAUCUCUGAAGCUGCUGUGAUGGCAGGGACUACACAGAAAAUAAACUUGGAUCACUUUCUAGAUUCUCUAGUUUUAAAAUCUGUUCCUCAAGAAAUUUAUGGUUAGUAUUAUAAUUUCUGA